AUGAAUCCACAGGUCAGUUUCGAACAACAGAACAACUUUGAAUGAACAAUUGCAAAUACAUUUUAUUCAAAACGCUAUAUCUCGGCUGGCAUAAGAGAUAUCAAAACGUUGUCAACUAGUAAAAUGUUCACAAAGAAAUUCGCUACCUUUUAUCAGUUGACACCGUUUUGAUAUCUCUACCGACAACUGCGAUACAUCGUCUUGAAUGGACAACACUCUUCCAGAUGGCCUCCACAUCGUCCUCGACAUCGUCUGCCACGUCAUCAUCGUCAACGACGUCUCGCCCGCACAUUCCACAUCACCUCUCGACCGGCCACACCUCGCAGCACAUUUACGCGUGUUCCGACGAGAAUUCGUACUACGCGUCGCCGAUCUUCCUCACGCGGACCAUCGACGAACCGCCGAAGAAGGCGGCGCCGACGCUCAGCCGACAAUCCACGUGUCGGCCGACGAGUCAGUUGUAUUUGCCGAGCAAGAAGCGGAAAACGAGGUGUGUGUGUGUUUGGCUGGAAAUCGUUUGA